CAGGCCCCUUAAUAUAAAACAUGGCCGGUCGUAGCGGUUAUGAUGAUAGAGACAACAGGGAUUAUGGAGGGGGAAGGCGAGGAGGCGGCGGCGGCGGUAGAAAGCCCCUGCCCACCGAACCUCCCUUCACAGCCUACAUAGGGAACCUGCCGUACGGAUUCGUCCAGGGAGACGUCAACAAAAUAUUCACGAACCUGUCUGUGAAGAACGUCAGGCUGGUUAUGGACAAGGAGACGGACAGAUUUAAGGGGUUCUGCUACGUGGAAUUCGAGACGCUCCAGGACCUCGAGCAGGCCAUCAGCAUGAACGGCUCCGUCGAGGUGGAGUCGCAUAUCGUGAAGAUUGAUGUCGCGGAAGGCAAGAGGAACGAGAGAGCUGGGGGCUUCGACAGGGGCGGACGAGGCGGCCGAGGGCGAGGCGGCGGCGGCAGGUUCGGCAACGACGAUUUCGAGAGGAGGGGACCCCCGAGGGGAAACUUCAACGACCGUGAAAGGGGCGGCUACAGAGGCAACUACGGAAACUUCACAGACGAAGGGCCGCAACGAGGUGGCGGGGGCGAGUGGGGUGCAAACAGGGGACGAGGAAACCCCGGUGGCGGGUUCGGCGGCGGCAGACCUCGCCAGGAGAGGAGGAGUUUCUCUGAAGAUCUUCCCAACCCUGCUCCAGAUACAUCCGGCAGGCCGAAGCUGAAGCUGCUGCCGAGGACGGUGAAGGACCCGGUGAACGCCUUGGCCGAGUCGUCCCAGAACGCGUCGAUCUUCGGCGGGGCGAAGCCCAGGGAGGAGAACAUAGCUUCAGAGAGUAAAAAUGUUUAAUUUACUGUGUGUCUCAUAUUUUAAGUUAUUGUGAACUACAAUUUUACAUUACGCAGAAUGUAAACUUAAUAAAUACAAAAAAAAAUUCGCGUAGGGCGGUUCUUUGCGGGACUUAACUGCUCCCGUCCGUCUCUUUCUUUUCGUACAGUGGAAAAAUUUGCCGUUCAGGUUUCCGGGUGAAAUGCCAGGCGGUUUGGUUACACGUUCGCAUUUGACUUAAUUGGUGAUUUUUUUUUUUGCUAUUUUUAUAGUCGCCGGCUACGGCUACGGUUCAUUCAAAACAUACCCACGGUCCAGGUUCUCUUGUAAGCAAUUUUUAAUGGAAGUAAUCGUUAUCCUGUACGGGACGUUCCGGGAGUAAUCGAUGGGAGUUGAAAGUGAUUUCCGGCGGUCGGAAAUGAGGUGUGAAAGAUGUCCGGGAAUGCAUCGUUUUCGAAAGAAAAAAGUAUUGCGUUCUCUACGAUGUGUCUGAAGAUGUUUGCGUAGAGGGAUGAAACAGGGGCGUAGCUGAUUAAUGGCGUAAAUCCAGGGAAUUCAUUCAAAAAUUUGUCGAUUAGUGACGGAGAUCAGUAAGGACCGUGGAAAUUUGGCGCCAUUGGCGAUUCUAAAAACGGUAAAGAAACGUUUUGGAGUUAAUGUGUUUUAAAUCCUGCAGGACUUCGACGAAAAGCCAAAUCAACGAAUGCAAAAAAAAGCGAGUAGUUCAAAUGUACCAAACUGAACAGCCGACAAACUGCAAAAACCCGAGUAGUUCAAAUGCACCAUUUUUCUAUACUUAAAAUAUGGCGUCAAACUGAGACGAGAGAUAGUAAACAUCAUUUUAAGCAAAAAGUUUGC